AUGAACACCGGCACCAUCGUCCCCAUGGCGAGAUGCCCCAGGAUUAACACCACUGCCACCUUUGGCCGGAGGAGCCGGUGCAAGGUGACGGCGGCGGCGGCAGGGACCACGGCAGCGAGGUCAAGUCUCUGCUCGGAGACAAGAACAAGCGACUACUACAAGUUGCUGUCGCUGGAGCACCAGGCGGACGUAGGCGCGGCGGACAUCAAGCGCGCAUACCGGCGGCUGGCGCUGCGGUGCCACCCCGACGUGUGCCCGCCGUCGCGGCGCGCCGAGUUCACGGAGCUCUUCCUCGAGCUGCGGCGCGCGUACGAAACGCUCUCCGACCCGGCGCGGAAGGUCCGGUACGACGCCGGCAUGAGGGCUGGCGGCGGGGGCGCGGCGAGGCUCGGGCCCGGCGCUGGCUUCGCGAGGGACGUUUGGGAGUCCCAGCUCUGCGUGCUGCGCGCGCGCUCCGAGCAACGCCACAGAGCGAGGAGAGACCGCAGCAGCCGGUCUGAUGGGCCGCACACAUGA